AUGAUAAUGGCAAACACAACCACAGUGAGUGGCUUCCUCUUCCUGGGGUUCUCUGACAACCUGGAGAUGCAGAUGCUACAUGCUCUGCUCUUCUUGGUGAUGUACCUUUUGGGCUUGGCAGGUAACUUCAUCAUCAUCACCAUCACGAUGCUGGACCCUCAGCUCCAAUCUCCAAUGUAUUACUUCCUGAAGCACCUGUCCCUUCUCGACCUCUCCUCCCUGUCUGUCACUGUUCCCCAAUCCAUCCACAAUUCCAUGACUGGCAGUGGAUACAUUUCCUAUGCUCAGUGUGUGCUUCAGGUUUUCUUCUUUACCUCUAUGGCCUGGGGUGAGGUAGCCAUUCUCACAGUGAUGUCCUAUGACCGCUAUGUGGCCAUCUGCCUUCCACUGCAUUAUGAGGUCAUCAUGAGUCCUAGAAAGUGCAGGUGGGCUGUGACAGCUGUGUGGAUAAGUGGAGGCAUCACAGGAACCUUGUGCACAGCAACCACGUUCUCUAUCAGAUUCUGCAGGGCCAAAAUAAUCUAUCAGUUCUUCUGUGAUGUUCCCCAGCUGCUCAAGCUCUCCUGUUCCAAUGAUUACCUUGCAGGGAUUGGAGCAGUUGCCUUCAUUGCUGCCAUGGCACUCGCCUGUUUCAUCGCCAUUUGCCUCUCCUAUGUCCAGAUAUUCUCCACAGUCCUCAGGAUGCCCUCUGCUGAAGGUCGGUCUAAGGUCUUCUCCACCUGUCUGCCCCACCUCUUUGUGGUCUCAUUUUUUCUCUCUACUGGAACCUGUGCAUAUCUCAAGCCAACCUCAGACUCAACAACUGCUCUAGACCACCUGCUUUCUGUCUUUUACACAGUACUUCCCCCAACACUCAACCCUGUUAUCUACAGUCUGAGGAAUGAGGCCAUGAAGACAGCUGUAAGAAAAUUACUGCUAGAUGGGGAAUUUUUUAGAAAAAGAUCAUUUUAA